CUCUCCUUUUUUCUCUUUUGCCUCCUCUGGUCUUCAGACUCCAGCCGGGAGGCGCGCAGCCCCUCUUGGCCCUGCAGCCCCUGGACGGGAGAGAAGGUGAGGGCAGCGGGGACUGAGGGCCUGAGCACCGACAGAGGAAGCCGGCGGCCUGCGCGGAGGAGGCGUCCAGGGGCUGACAGAGCAUGAGCGCCCCAGAUCCCGGCCACCGCAACUCCGGAUCCAGGAGACUGGCUCAAGGAGGGGCAGGCCCCGGGCAGCAGUAAAGUGUAACCUCAGUCAGAGGGGAGCAGCUGCCGUCGUGAGCCUGCCACAUGCCAGGCGGAGGGCCCGAGAUGGAUGACUACAUGGAGACGCUGAAGGACGAGGAGGACGCCCUGUGGGAGAACGUGGAGUGCAACCGGCACAUGCUCAGCCGCUACAUCAACCCGGCCAAGCUCACGCCCUACCUGCGCCAGUGCAAGGUCAUCGACGAGCAAGACGAGGAUGAGGUGCUCAAUGCGCCCAUGCUGCCAUCCAAGAUCAACCGGGCAGGCCGAUUGUUGGACAUUCUACAUACCAAGGGCCAAAGGGGCUAUGUGGUCUUCCUGGAGAGCCUGGAAUUUUACUACCCAGAACUGUACAAACUGGUGACUGGGAAGGAGCCCACCCGGAGAUUCUCCACCAUCGUGGUGGAGGAGGGCCAUGAGGGCCUCACGCACUUCCUGAUGAACGAGGUCAUCAAGCUGCAGCAGCAGAUGAAGGCCAAGGACCUGCAGCGCUGCGAGCUGCUGGCCAAGUCGCGGCAGCUGGAGGACGAGAAGAAGCAGCUGACGCUGACGCGGGUGGAGCUGCUGACGUUCCAGGAUCGGUACUACAAGAUGAAGGAGGAGCGGGACGGCUACAACGACGAGCUGGUCAAGGUGAAGGACGACAACUACAACCUGGCCAUGCGCUACGCCCAGCUCAGUGAGGAGAAGAACAUGGCGGUCAUGAGAAGCCGGGACCUCCAGCUUGAGAUCGAUCAGCUGAAACAUCGGUUGAAUAAGAUGGAGGAGGAGUGCAAGCUGGAGAGGAACCAGUCGCUGAAGCUAAAGAAUGACAUCGAGAAUCGGCCCAAGAAGGAGCAGGUGCUGGAGCUGGAGCGGGAGAAUGAGAUGCUCAAGACCAAGAUCCAGGAACUGCAGUCCAUCAUACAGGCCGGGAAGCGCAGCCUACCAGACUCAGACAAGGCCAUCCUGGACAUCCUGGAGCAUGACCGCAAGGAGGCGCUGGAGGACCGGCAGGAGCUGGUCAACAAGAUCUAUAACCUACAGGAGGAGGUCCGCCAGGCGGAGGAGCUGCGGGACAAGUACCUGGAGGGGAAGGAGGACCUGGAGCUGAAGUGCUCAACCCUGGGGAAGGACUGCGAAAUGUACAAGCACCGCAUGAACACGGUCAUGCUGCAGCUGGAGGAGGUGGAGCGGGAGCGCGACCAGGCCUUCCAUUCCCGGGACGACGCCCAGACCCAGUACGCACAGUGCUUGAUUGAGAAGGACAAGUACAGGAAGCAGAUCCGUGAGCUGGAGGAGAAGAACGACGAGAUGAGGAUCGAGAUGGUCCGGCGGGAAGCCUGCAUCGUCAACCUGGAGAGCAAGCUCCGGCGCCUCUCCCGGGACAGCGGCAGCCUCGACCAGAGCCUGCCCAGGAACCUGCCAGUGACCAUCAUCUCUCAGAGCUUUGGGGACGCCGGCCCCAGGACCAACGGGCAGGAGGCUGAUGAUUCUUCCACCUCAGAGGAGUCGCCGGAAGACAGCAGAUACUUCCUGCCGUACCACCCGCCCAAGCGCAGGAUGAACCUGAAGGGCAUCCAGCUGCAGAGAGCCAAAUCCCCCAUCAGCCUGAAGCAAACAUCAGAUUUUCAAGGGAGAGGACAGGAAGAAGAAGGCAUGGACGCCAGCCCCAGCUCCUCCCGGUCCCUGCCCAUCACCACCUCAUUCUCCAAGAUGCAGCCCCAUCGGAGCCGUUCCAGCAUCAUGUCAAUCACUGCCGAGCCCCCAGGAAACGACUCCAUUGUCAGACGCUACAAGGAAGACGCACCUCAUCGGAGCACACUUGAAGAAGACAACGACAGCGGUGGGUUUGAUGCCUUAGACCUCGAUGAUGACAGUCACGAGCGGUACUCCUUUGGACCCCCCUCCAUCCACUCCUCCUCCUCUUCCCACCAGUCCGAGGGCCUGGACGCCUAUGACCUGGAGCAGGUCAACCUCAUGUUUAGGAAGUUCUCGCUAGAAAGACCCUUCCGGCCAUCUGUCACGUCCGUGGGGCACGUGCGGGGUCCCGGGCCCUCGGUGCAGCACACCACACUGACCGGCGACAGCCUCAUCUCCCAGCUCACCCUGAUCGGGGGCAACGCGCGAGGGUGCUUCAUCCACUCGGUCAAGCUGGGCUCCCUGGCCGAGAAGGCAGGCCUCCACGAGGGCCACCAGUUGCUGCUGCUAGAAGGCUGCAUCAAAGGCGAGAGGCAGAGUGUCCCCUUGGAGACGAGCACGAAGGAGGAGGCACACUGGACCAUCCACAGGUGCAGUGGCCCCGUCACACUGCACUACAAAGUCAACCAGGAAGGGUACCGGAAGCUGCUGAAGGACAUGGAGGAGGGCCUGAUCACCUCUGGCGACUCCUUCUACAUCCGGCUGAACCUGAACAUCUCCAGCCAGCUGGACGCCUGUUCCAUGUCCCUGAAGUGCGACGACGUUGUGCAUGUCCGUGACACCAUGUACCAGGACAGGCAUGAGUGGCUAUGCGCACGGGUCGACCCUUUCAUGGACUACGACCUGGACAUGGGCACCAUACCCAGCUACAGCCGAGCCCAGCAACUCCUCCUGGUCAAGCUGCAGCGUCUGAUGCACCGGGGCAGCCGGGAGGAGGCCGACACCACACACCACACCCUGAGGGCACUCCGGAACACCCUACAGCCUGAAGAAACACUUUCCACCAGUGACCCCCGGGUCAGCCCCCGCCUCUCCCGAGCAAGCUUCCUCUUUGGCCAGCUCCUUCAGUUCGUCAGCAGGUCAGAGAACAAGUACAAGCGGAUGAACAGCAACGAGCGGGUUCGCAUCGUGCCCGGGAGCCCGAGGGGCGGCCUGGCCAGGCCCUCACUGGACGCCACCAAGCUCCUGACCGACAGGCAGGAAGAGCUGGACCCCGAGAGCGAGCUCAGCAAGAGCCUCAGCUUGAUCCCCUACAGCCUGGUGCGUGCCUUCCACUGUGAGCGGCGCAGGCCUGUGCUCUUCACGCCCACCAUGCUGGCCAAGGCGCUGGUCCAGAAGCUGCUCAACUCUGGGGGCGCAAUGGAGUUCACCAUGUGCAAGCCGGAUGUUGUCACGAGAGACGAGUUCCUCAGAAAGCAGAAGACAGAGACCAUCAUCUACUCCCGAGAAAAAAACCCCAACACUUUUGAAUGUAUCGUUCCCGCCAACAUUGAGGCUGUGGCGGCCAAGAACAAGCAUUGUCUGCUGGAGGCGGGGAUCAGCUGCACCCGGGACUUGAUCAAGUCCAGGAUCUACCCCAUCGUGCUCUUCAUCCGGGUGUCGGAGAAGAACAUCAAGAGGUUCAGGAAGAUGCUGCCUCGGCCCGAGACUGAGGAGGAAUUCCUGCGCCUGUGCCGGCUGAAGGAGAAGGAACUGGAGGCCCUGCCCUGCCUGUACGCCACGGUGGAGGCUGACAUGUGGAGCAGCAUGGAGGAGCUGCUCCGGGUCAUCAAGGACAAGAUCGGCGAGGAACAGCGCAAGACCGUCUGGGUGGAUGAGGACCAGCUGUGAGGCGGGCCCCCCAAGGCUGAGCGGGACACGGGAGCGUGUCGGGUCCCACCGGCAGUGCUGUGGGGUACGGGGCAUCCUGUGCCCACAGAGACCCCCAGCCUGGGGGGGGGCCAUCCCACCCAGUGAGAGCCCCUCCAAGGAGUCCAGGGGGGACAGGGGAGCAGUUUGUUCCGCCAGGGCUGACCCGGCUGAGUCGUCCAGCCCUGCUGGCAUUAGUGGGCAGGCAGGGCCCCACAGAGAACACAAAGCCAGGCCGAGGCCAGCGACCCGCAGGAGCCAAAGCAGCAGUUGAAUGUAACGCAUGGAACAGGUGUGCCACCUAAAGGGAGGGACCCUCAGGACACACAGUACGCACAUCUCCAGGCAGGACAGAUCAGGCAGAAGGGGAAGCGUGCGAGCUCUUAUUUUUCUUGCAUUAAAACUUCUCCAUUUCCUUGUUCUCAACCAUCUUUUUAAUUUACUAGUUUGCAGAGGUUUUCAGCUCUUGUCACCUUCCUAACCUGCAAACCACUGCCAGCAAGCUUUGUUCAGGCUCCAUGUCACGUGUGGGGUGAAGGGCAGAGGAAACACAGCUUCCCCCGGACAGGCCUGAUGGACUCCUGGGUGUGGGGCUAAUUACUAACAUACCCGCUUUGACUGAGAUGCAUCGAUAAAUUACAGCCACCCUGGGAAAGGCGUGUCCUUUCAUGGGCUGUUUGGGAAGUCUCCCCGUCUGUGCCCUUGUGUCCCUCUGACUCCAGCCCUGAGGCCAGGCCCCCCAUACUCAGCUCUCCCUACACAAGUUCUCCGUGUCUGUGCGUGUGGUGCUCCUACAUGCAGCCUCGCGUCAUCCUUCAGCUCAGGAGGGAGCCUUCAGGGUAAGGCCCUCUAAGGGUCUGCGCCCACUGCCCAGGAGCUGAGGGUGCAGGAAAGCUGCACUUUUCUCCACAGUGGCUGGCAAAGGCCCCGUGGGCUCUGGAACCAUCCUUCUCCUUGACUCUCUUGAUGCCAACUUUGAAGUAUGGACCCAACAGGGCACAGGCAAACCAGGCCAGCUUCAGCCUGGCAUGUGCUGCAGUUGGUAGGUGGCAAGAUGGGGUUCAAACCCAGGUCUGUGUGUUCGUGGGAUCUGUGGGAGCGACUGCUAGUUGACAAUCCAAUAUCCACAUUCCCUUCCGUGCUUAACAGAAUCCUGAUUUUAUCCUGGGGAACGAUAAUAGAGAUAAAAGAUCAUAAUUCUCAGCUUCUCUUGCAGCUAGGGUAAUCAAGGAAAUGUAAGGUAAGGUUGAGGGAGAGACAAAGUAGAUACACAGCCUUCCCUCCAGCUUCCCGUCUCUCCAGUUUUCUGUCUGGAAUACAGACGUGGUGGCUGGAGCUCCAGCAGUCAUAUUGGAUCUUGAGGUGAACUGGAGGGUGGAAACCCUAUGCAGAGGAUGGUAGAACAGAAAGACAGAAGGAGCCACAGUCACUGAUGACACUUUGGAGCCCAGGACUGCUGCUUAGGUUUGUUUUACCCACCACUGAAAUCUUUAUCUGUGUGAAAUGGCUGUUAUUUCCAUUCUCACCCACAGCCUCAGGAAAUCCCUAAGAGAUAAAGGAGCAGUCCUUUCUUUUAUAGUUUCAGAUACCAGGGGCAUGAAUUGAUCCUCUAAUAGUUUUUUUCCACAUAGUCCAGAUAUGAAUUACGAAUAAAAUAACUCUUAAUACAUAGCUCCUAACACACACACGCGCGCGCACGCGCACACACG